AUGUGUCCUGCGAGCUGGAUCCUGUCCUGUUUCGGUUACAUGCUGUCGGGUCUCUGUCCCGAUCUAGCUCCGCCGUCAACGGUUCCUUGUCAUCACAGCAUUAUCAACCUGACACCUCUGUUUGUGGCCAUAAGUUGCCACUCAAGCCGUUGCCGUACUGACCAACCUGGGCCGGGUUAACGCGCCGAAGACGUUUCGACCACUAUCUCCUGAGAGCUCAACAACUUGAGUGUGGCAGGCAAGCUUAACACAGGCGAGAUCCCUGGGCCAAAUCAAAAUGGCAGCCGGGGAGGCCGGUGGCGGUGCCCUUGAAGAGCGUCUGCGCAAUCUCAUCCUCAACAACUCCCACAAGCAGAACCUGGAACAUGGCGCUACGCUCCCACAAUCACCGACACGGGAUAAUCCCAAGGCGGGCCAAGGACCCCCGGCAGCCCCAUCCUCGCCUCCCAUCAACAGUACCGCCACAGUCUCGUCGAAGGCAUCCCGAAAGCGACCCAACCAGGCCCAGCGCCGUCAGAUGUCAGCCCAGCUGUCCAUCCCUAUCGACACAAGGCCGCAGUUUCCCCCAUCUUCCAGACCCCAUGCUAGCCCGCCAGCGUAUGCAAAUCAGCACCAUGGUGGCAGCAGUGGUGCCCCUCAGAGGACUCAACGCCCGCACUCAGCUACCUUUCGCCCACCUAGUCGAGGGAACACGAUUCCGAAUGCUCCCCUGACUGGUGUGCCUUACCCGCCGCCGCGCCGCCACCAGACUUCACUUUCCUACCACGGACCUAUGCCGACUCCCGAUCAGUUUGACUGGAGACAGCCCCGGAUGUACCACGGCGAUCCGAGGACUCCGUACCAUGCACCACCCUUACCAUUCGAUUCCUCCUCACCGAUGCCUUCAGGGCAGAACCCUUCGGGUCCCUACAGCCCUGGAAGACAGUAUCAGUACCACGUGAGGUCCGAGGAUCUGGCGGCACAGAUUGAGCUGCUCGAGGGUCUCUGCAACACAAUCAUCGCUGGCGCCGAGAUUGAACCUGCCGACAUCAUUGAGAAGGAGAACUUCCGCGCAAUGAUUGAGAAAGUUGCCAGGGCCACCAUCACUCAGUAUGAGAGAGAACAGAAUGGAUUUCACGACUUCCCUCCCGAGAGCGUGCAGCUGAGGUGCUUCGGCAGCCUCUCCUCGGGCUUCGCAACCAAGGCAGCCGAUAUGGACCUUGGACUUCUUUCUCCACUGUCUCAGGUCCAACCCAAUACACCAGGCUCCCCGAUUCCAAGACUUGUUGAAAAAGCUUUCCUCGAUAUCGGGCUUGGUGCUCGACUGCUCUCGCGGACGAGAGUGCCCAUCAUCAAAGUGUGUGAGAGGCCGCCAGAGGCGCUUCGGCUAGCUCUGCUGGACGAAAGGGCAAAAUGGGAGAGCGGCGCUACGGAGAACUCGGAAGAAGAUGAGCCUCAGGAAGAACCCGACGCACACCAGGUCGAAGAUUUUUUACCCCAAGGGGAGAACGCCACGUCCGAACAGAGGCUAAACUCGCUCAAGCAGGGCGAGACGCAGAGCUUGUCUAACUACUAUGGCGCCGCCAAACGCCUGCUCCGGAAACUCGGUGGCCGUGAUGUGACCAACUCGAAUCUUGCAGACUUCAACGAUAGCGAUUCCAAGCUUCUAAAUACGUUAUGUUUAGCCUUUGUCGAUGGCCUUUUCGACAGUUACCUGCGGACGAGAUUGCUGAGCUAUCGCUCUCUCAAUCGGUAUGACCUCAUGUCAAAGCCAAUUUCCCGCAGUCUGCUCGGUGUUUUCACACAGGUUGAAGGAGAGUCCCUGGCCAUGUCCUGGGAAUCCCGACCCAUCAGAGAAAAAGACGAAUCUCACGAGCAUGUGGCCGAGAACCAAGUCAGAGCUUGGCGGGGUAUUCAAAACCGACCAGAUUACGGACGUGACCCAUUGGCUUACCAGAAGGAACUGCAAUUCGCCGUUGAGGAGCUGAAGAAGAUCCCGUCUAUUCAAGUUUUGCUCUUGUCCCAGAGCCAGCAUGAGUCAGCCAUCAAGUAUUAUACCCGGGCCUCGAAACUACUGCUGGAGCUGGGCAGCCGCGGUACAUCUUCCAGUCCGGAUUCUGUAUCAGCGACAGUGACCCAGCGUUAUAUCCAGGGUAUAUGGAACCCCGAUAUCCGGGACGAAGUGAGCAAAUUCGCUCAAGCCCACCAUCCCAUCAGUCUUCGGGCCAUCGCUCGCAGGCAUAAGAGCUUGCAGCUUGCCCACGAGUACGAGACAUGUCUCAGGAAAGGUGUCUACCCGGAAGAGACUGCGAGCAAAGUCCGCCGAUACGUUGAACUACUGAGAGCGCCAAUGACCAAGUCCCCAUCUGCCGACGCUGAUUCAGACAUGAUCGUCCUCCUACCACAAGACUCUGCAAAUCUUCUCUCCGAAAUCCGUCAGCUCGGCGACCCAUCCUCAUUGUCGCCAAAUCAACCUCGGGAUCCCUACCACAACCGUCUGGAAUUCCCCAAGUCUGGUGUUGGCGUCCAAUGCGACAUCAACUUCUCCGCGCACCUCGCACUGCAAAACACACUUUUGCUGCGCUGCUACUCCCAUACCGACCCUCGUGUCCGUCCCCUUGUCCUUUUUGUCAAGCAUUGGGCCAAAGUCCGGCGCAUCAAUUCGCCGUAUCGUGGAACCCUGAGCAGUUACGGCUAUGUCCUCAUGAUGCUGCAUUACCUUGUCAACAUUGCUCAGCCGUUUGUUUGCCCCAACUUGCAACAACUCGCCAGGCCCCCCGAUCCGAACCUCACGCCGGCGCAGAUCGAGGAGACGGUCAUGUGCAAGGGGAGGAACAUACAGUUCUGGCGUGACGAGGCUGAGAUCCAGCGCCUGGCUGCCGAAAAUGCCCUUACGCAGAACAGAGAGUCAGUGGGCCAGCUGCUGCGUGGCUUCUUUGAGUACUAUGCCCAGAGCAACAUGAUGAGCACCGUCCCCCGCCGGGGGUUCGACUGGGGCCGUGACGUCAUCAGCCUGAGGACUCAUGGCGGGCUUCUCACCAAGGAGCAGAAGGGGUGGACGCGCGCCAAGACGGUGGUGGAAAUUAAGGCCGGGGUAGCUCCUACUCCCCCGGCUGCUGGCGGUGGUGGUGAUGGUUUGUUGUCAUCCACUGCUCCUAAUGGCGAGCAUCACCCGAAUUCACCACCGACGACUACUAGUACCACCAGCGCCCCAGCCACUGCGGCGAAAGAGGUUCGCGAAGUCAGGUAUCGUUACCUGUUCGCCAUUGAGGAUCCGUUUGAGCUGGACCACAAUGUGGCGCGUACCGUCACGCACAGCGGGAUCGUGAGCAUCCGCGACGAGUUCCGCCGCGCGUGGCGCAUUAUCAGGAACGCGGGCAAGGGCGGCCGGCAGGAGGACCUGCUUGAGGACGUGGCGGGGGCCGAGGAGGCCCGGGAGCGGGAGCAGUUCGCGCGCUUGCUAGACGAGUUGCAUGGCCUUGACCGCCGAAGAGGAGCAGACCCUCCUCCUCCGGGAGGUUAGGCUGCGAGUGUCGGCCAUGAUGGGUAACGUGUUACUGGUUGGAGGCAGGAAAAUUGCGGGAGAGCAAGGGGCGUUGAGUUGAGAUUUGUACAGUAGGAUGCGGGUGUAAGACUCGGUUGUGUGCGUCGGGCUGUGCUGUUACUGUAUGUCGGGUCUCUGAUUUCUGGCUAUGUGCCUGGUGUCGAAGGAUAUCUGACUACAGUGUCUGGCAGAGGAUCUGUUGAUUGUGAUGUAUCUACCAUACAGACAGCGAGAUCGACGGGACGAACCUGUGCUUGGAUA